CCUUUCCUUUUCCCCCAUCUCCACUUCUCUCCCUCUCUCCUUCCCUCCCCGCCUCCACCUUGUUCUUCACCUUCUCUGCUUCUCUUCGCACGUUUCGCUUAGCGUGACCGUAUUUCUCUGGCCGCGUAUUACACUGGCUGCAAGGGUACAUAUCAAUUUAUUUCCCACUGGCCAAGGUCCUCCAGGAGGGGGGGGGAGCGUUGUGCGUGUUAGAGGUGCAGAGAUCUGCUUUUCAAGCGGAGCUGCAGCAGUGUGCAUCACGUGUGAACCCAAGGGGCGGGCUUUUGGCAAGGAGCUUUUUUACGAGUAUUUACUACAAGGUCUACUCCAGAAGAUUAACAUCCCCACUCCUUCUGUCAGUUUCCGAUGCCAUGCCCGGCUAAAAAGAGCGAAAGUAAUAAUAAUAACAAUAAAAAUUGCAAGCCCAAGUCAUCUGCUCGCUGCCGAUCGUCCACAAGGAAUGGCCGAACCUUUUGCGAAUGAGUUGGCGUCCGCAGCUGCCAGAGGGGACCUAGCGCAACUUACUAAUUUGUUGGAAAAUAAUGUAAACGUCAAUGCACAAAAUGGAUUUGGGAGGACUGCGUUGCAGGUGAUGAAGCUGGGGAACCCGGAGAUCGCGCGGCGGCUGCUUCUGCGGGGCGCAGACCCGGACCUGAAGGACCGCACCGGCUUCGCCGUCUUGCAUGACGCGGCGCGCGCGGGCUUCCUGGACACGCUGCAGACUUUGCUGGAGUUCAAGGCGGACGUGAACGCGGAGGACGGCGAGGGUAACCUGCCCUUGCACUUGGCCGCGCAGGAGGGCCACCUGCCCGUAGUGGCCUUCCUGCUGGAGCGCACGGCGAGCCGCGUGGGGCACCGCAACAAGAAGGGCGAAACCGCCUACGACCUGGCUCAGCUCUACAGGAGGAGCGCCGUCGCCAGGCUGCUCGAGGGCCGCGCAGGGAAUUGAAACCCCUGGCCGUGCCUGGCUCGCUUGCUCGGACUCCGGCAGGAAGAGGGAGAGUUUCUGCCUUCCCUGCCCACCCUCUCUCGCCCCUUCUCCCCCUGUCCCGUCUCUCCGUUUUAACCAAACCACACCAGUAAAUAUUGUAGGUUUCCUUCCAUUGCCGAAGUGGGGGUGAUUUUCUUUCUUUCUCUGGAAGAAGAAGAAGAAAUAUCAUGCCAGUAGCAGCAGCUUUUCUCAAAGGCGGGAGAAUAAAACCGGCCUAACGGCAGGUCUCUCUCUCUCUCUCUCUCUCUCUCCUCUUAAUUCUUUUUUUACUUGGUUUAUUCCGUCCCUUAAAAAAACAACUCUCCCCGCCAACACAACUUGCAUAAGUACCUUAUGUUUGCAGAUGACUUUCCUCUUUCUUCUUCUUUUAAAGAUCUUUGAAAGUUUACUGUGAUUUCUCCUCCCCUCCCCUGAAUAUAAUCUUGCCUAACAAAGGUUAAAAGAAUAUGAAACAACACAUGAAGGAGUGUGUGACAUGUGAAAAGGGCUUCUUUGCCCAAAAGGGAGAGGGGAAUAAGAACUUUGGUUGUGUUUAGAUACAUCUAGAUAUUUAACUAGAUGGUGACACUAACAAAAGCUUUUAAUUUUGUUUUUCUUGCGAUUGUGGCUGCCACCCUAAACCAUUUGCAGUGUGUAUUCAGAAGGAAGUCCCACUGAGUUCAAUGGGGCCAAAUCCUGGAUUGCAGCCUUGAUUUGAAGAAAGUUAUGUUGAAAUCAUUGGGAUUUACUUCAGAGUAACCGUGUUUAGGAUUGAGGUUUAGUGGGUUAACAGAGUGUGUCUCUGCUGGGGCAGGGGAGGGAGAGAUGCAAAAACGUGUCUGGGUGUUUGUUUUAAUGUCGAAGGUUCAGAAAUUCAUCAGAAAAAAGUAUUUGUUUUUUAUAGAUUUGUUUAUAAAGAUCAGUUUUUCCCUCGCUGAAUUUCACAUGAAUAAGGUUUUACCAAUUUGCUUUUCACAAAAUAAUAUGACCACAAACACACCAGUUUCGAAAACUGCCCUUGCAAUAUGGAGAUUAAUUCAUAAGAUUAGCUUGUGUUUACUGCCUUUUGGGGAGUGCUCCAAGAACUAGUCUUGUUUGGUUGAACACCAUUUACUCCAGAUAGUUCCAUUUGUUCUCACAUAAUGAAGCCAGAACAAGAAUGUCUUGUUAUGGGUUAAGAUUUGAAAACAGAGGUCAAAGCCUGCUUUUAGAAAGUCAAUGAAUCAUCUUAAACGUCAUUAUAUUGAAUAAAAGCUGAAGGAUUUAAAACAUAUUUUAAAAGCAAAAAUGAGAAGGGGGGAAGUGGUUUAAAAUGGACUGUUUUAGUUCUGGUUUUUAAGCUUUCCAGUAGAAAAAAAAGGAAGGGUGUUAAAAACAUCUAUUUUGCAUAGGAAUAAACUACAAAAUCUAUGAGAGUUUUAUCACAUAUUUAAAAUGCUCUCACUUCUCAUACUGCUUUCUGAUUAAACGCCUCAAUGUGUUGCGAAGUUUGGAGCAGAUCUGUUUUUAUUUUCACCGUGUACAGCAAAUAACUUCUUUUUUAAAAAAAUCGGACAUGUCGCAGGACGGGGUGUGUGGCCCUGUGAACGAAAGGACACAUUGAAGGAUGUGAUUAUCAUAAACAUGGGGGAAUGUGGAAGUGUUUAAUUCAAGAUUUUGGGUUGCUACUUCCAAGAGCACAACAUAGCCAGCUCGGUGUCGCUUUCCCUGUCUGCGAAACUGUAAUAUUAGGCUUCAGAAAUUGGUGAGAUUUUCCCCCUUCCCCAUUUAAAAAAUAAAGAGUUUUAGAAGUGGCUCGGGACAGUUUUGUUCUCUGCUGAAAUGAGUGUCUUAUCUGGACUGCACGAGCUUAUUCUGCACUGAACCGAGGUUUCAGAAGGGUCAGAUUAAAAAACAGCGAGUUCCACCGCUAAUAAAAACAGCGACCUUUACUGCAAGCCAGAAUUUAACCCAGUCAUAUCCUUUACUGAAUGGUCUCUUUUUCUUGUGAAAUCAAACUGUGGCCAUUUAAAAGCAAACCAGAAGCCAAACCCUAACCCUGGAUUUGCCAUUUGAUAAAGAAUCUGAUUUAAACAAAAAAAAAGGAGAGUUCUGGUCGGUUAAGCAUGCAGCUGUACCAGGUUAAUGAGCUUUAAAAGUUUUAGCUUUGGUUAUCCAAAAAGCUAAACUAUUAAUAUUCGAAUCUGGUGGUAUAUAUAGUGACAGGCCUUUUAACAAGCGACAGGAGUUGGCUAAUGGUUUCAGAAACAAAACACAUGGAGGACAAAAUAUAGUCAUUGCUUUGCAUUACUCGCAAUUUGUUAUUGCUUUGCAUUAUUCGCGCAAAAGAAACGUUAUGAACACAGCGUGGUUUCAGAAAUGAGUUUUACGGUUCCAGGGCUGUAAGGCCAGAAGAACAGGGACACUCAUUUUCAAACAAGCAAUAAAACCCCAAAGUUCCAGCAUUAUUUUUAGCCGACAAGAACUCUUGUCCUGGAUAUUGUCCGUCUAAAAGCAAAGAAUGUGUAUUUAGUCAUGAGGACAGACCUAACCGACCUUUAUAAAAUAUUGCAAAAACAAUUGAAGAUGUUAGGCAAAAAAGUGCUUUCCAGCCCAGUUCUUCCCAUGACUACUCAGAAGUAAGUCGUCUCCUUGAGUUUAAUGAGGUUUACAUAAAGACAAGUGUGUACUGUAUAGGAUUGCAGUCUUAAGCUACGAACCCAAGAGGACUGCUGAAGGGUGAGUGGCAACGAUCCUCAGUACCAUGAACACUAUUAUUUUAAGAGCGCGUUUUGCCAAGUAAGCAAGUUGAAGCCAUAUUUCGCAAGCAAGCCUGCUUUCAAUUGCACUCACUCCCCAUUAGAGUAUGUGCAGGAUCGUGGCCUAAGAGGUGCUUAUUUUAGCGUGCUGAUCCUUGGAACCAAAUAUCCGACACACACACACACCCGUACACUGAAAUCGAAUACAAAUACAUAUGUCUCGGGGUUAAUGUUUAAUAAACAGUCUAAUAAUACAGAUAGGGAUGAAGAAAAUGUCAAUUGGCUGCGAUGCGCUGGGCGGAGGGGUGUGUGCGUGCACGCACUAUAGCGUGUGCCUGCUACAAGAUAACUCCUGUAGUCUUGGAAAGUAACUAGCAAAAGUUUCCAUUAAACUUACUUUCAAGAAAGCACCAUCAGGAAAAGCGUUUACAAACAGGACCAAUAGAUUUCCGCAGAACUUCCUUCCAUGGGAGAGCAAAUGAGGUCAGAAAAGUCCUGUGGACUCCUAUGGCUUAGCCUUAGGAAGUAACUGGCAUUUAUUUCGACAAGAUUUACUGCCAAGAAAGUGUGUUUGGGAUUAGGGGAAGCUGACUUAGUGGGAGCAAGUUCAUCCGAAAGCAACGCCACUUGCUUCUGAAUACUGUACAUAAAAGGAUGGAGGUGCAAGUCAAAUCUGAAGCGAUUAAGGCUGGGUGCGAGUGUGCGUGGGAGUCAAUACAUGGCAUGCUCCGGUAAAACGGGCAGCGAUCCAAUGCACAUUCAGCACACAUAGAUCCCACGGGGUGCAAGCGCGCAUAAUAACGCUGCCCGUGUGGCAUAUAAAGUUCAUGUCCAGGUUCCUGACAGGCUUGGCAAUGGCAAGCUGCUCGAUCACAAAACUGAAAACGUGCAGUUUCCCAAGCAUUUGAACAAAUCCACACAAACACACACACCCCUCGCCCUUCCUGGGUGCUCUCCGUCCGCAGAGGAGACGUGCGUAAUUUUAGCGGUUCCUCGUCCCAGGUAUGGCGCAGGAAUAACAGCCAACAGUUGCCCGCCUAUCGUACUGGCGCUCCUGAAGCCUGCCUCUCGCUUCCUGACCUGGAGAUAAAUCCGUUUGUAUACACCUAAGUAAGCGGGUGGGGGGCAGGAUCCCAUCCCGUCAUGCAAGGCCGGUUCCUUUCCUCAAGAGCCGCUCUGGCCCAGAGGCAAGGCGCUCAAAAUGUCGGUGUUCA